CCAAGUAUAGCUGCCCGGGUGGAGCCUGGGUGUCGCGCGGCCGACCAGGCGUGGGAGAGGUGCGGCUCUGCGACAGAAACCGCAGGCAGAGAUGCCGGGGCCGGCUCCCCCAACCAGUAGCUGCUGCUGGUGGUGACGAUGUCAAAUAACGGCCUAGACACUCAAGACAAACCUCCAGCCCCUCCGAUGAGAAACACCAGCACUAUGAUUGGAGCUGGCAGCAAAGACUCUGGAACCCUAAACCACGGUUCCAAACCUCUGCCACCAAACCCAGAGGAAAAGAAAAAAAAGGACCGAUUUUACCGAGCCAUCUUACCUGGAGAUAAAACAAAUAAAAAGAAGGAGAAGGAACGGCCAGAGAUUUCUCUUCCUUCAGAUUUUGAGCACACAAUUCAUGUUGGUUUUGAUGCUGUCACAGGCGAGUUUACAGGGAUGCCGGAGCAAUGGGCCCGCUUGCUUCAGACAUCAAAUAUCACUAAGUCAGAGCAGAAGAAAAACCCGCAGGCUGUUCUGGAUGUGUUGGAAUUUUAUAACUCAAAGAAGACCUCCAACAGCCAGAAGUACAUGAGCUUUACAGAUAAAUCAGCUGAGGAUUAUAAUUCUUCUAACACUUUGAAUGUGAAGGCAGUGUCUGAGACCCCCGCAGUGCCACCAGUUUCAGAAGAUGAAGAUGAUGAUGAUGAUGCUACCCCACCUCCAGUGAUUGCUCCACGCCCAGAGCACACAAAAUCUGUAUACACACGGUCUGUGAUUGAACCACUUCCUAUUACUCCAACUCGGGAUGUGGCUACAUCUCCCAUUUCACCUACUGAGAAUAGUAUCACUCCACCUGAUGCUCUGACCCGGAAUACUGAGAAGCAGAAGAAGAAGCCUAAGAUGUCCGAUGAGGAGAUCUUGGAGAAAUUACGGAGCAUAGUGAGUGUGGGCGAUCCUAAGAAGAAAUACACACGGUUUGAGAAGAUUGGACAAGGCGCUUCGGGCACUGUGUACACGGCCAUGGAUGUAGCCACGGGACAGGAGGUGGCCAUUAAGCAGAUGAAUCUUCAGCAGCAGCCGAAGAAAGAGCUGAUUAUUAAUGAGAUCCUGGUCAUGAGGGAAAACAAGAACCCAAAUAUUGUGAACUACUUGGACAGUUACCUCGUGGGAGAUGAGCUAUGGGUUGUCAUGGAAUAUUUGGCUGGAGGUUCUUUGACAGACGUGGUAACGGAAACUUGCAUGGACGAAGGUCAGAUCGCAGCUGUGUGCCGUGAGUGCCUGCAAGCUUUGGAGUUUCUGCAUUCGAACCAAGUUAUUCAUAGAGACAUCAAGAGUGACAACAUCCUGUUGGGAAUGGAUGGCUCUGUCAAGCUAAGUGAGUAG